UAGGAGUCCAAAUUAUUAAAUGUUUCUCUCCAUCAAUUAACCCCCUUUUAAUCCUCCACUACACUCGAUUAAUCAUCUUUAAUUUUUUUGACUCUUUUAUCUUUAACCAGGUCUUACGAUCCAAGUCACAAUCUUACGAUCUCUAGUUCUUCUUUCGUUCCUAUAUAGGAUCUAAAGUUUGACUACCGUGGUCUAAAAUGCUAAAGACGGUUCUGAACAGAAGUUUCGGAAUGGAGGAAGAAAAUGAGAAGCUUUGAGCUAAUUGAGAAGAAAGAUGGAUCCAGAGGAGGCUCUACAGUUGGUGAAACAUGGCGCUACUCUACUUUUCCUCGACGUUCCUCAGUUCACACUCAUAGGCAUCGACACCCAAAUGUAUUCUUCGGGGCCUAAUUUCAAGGGAAUCAAAAUGAUUCCUCCUGGAGUUCAUUUCGUCUAUUAUAGCUCAUCCAACAGGUUUGGUCUCUUAAACUUUUAAAGCAGUUCCUGCAAAUACUUGAGUAAAACAUGACUGAAGUUAAUAGUAGUAUUCUUCGUUUUCCUAAAAUUAUGACUCAUUUGGUCCUGAUAAAAGAAUAAAAGUUAUUAAAACUUCUUUAUAUUAACAGUAAAUGAAUCUUAUUUUAGCAAACAAUUGUAGUCCUAUAUGAGGAAAUGUGCUAUAUUAGUCCUUAUUUAUCAUUCUCUCUCUUUUUUCUGUCAAAACCAACUUUGCUAAGUGCAAACUCUCUUUUUACAUUUGAAGGACAUGUAUUUAGUUUUGUAGUGCAUACAUUUUUACAAUUUUCGUUCGUACAAAGCCUGGGAAAAAGGGACGAAUCUGGCAAAUAAAAUUGCGUUGCAUAAUAGUGGCAUUUCCUUAAUUUCCCACAAAACCCGGAUCUGUUUGUCUCUGGUGUUGUGGUGCAAUACCUUUGUUGGUAGUGAGUUGUACGGAUCAGUGAUGCCAAUAGCCCGCUAUAGCGGAGUAGCAGAUUGCCUUUAGCGGAGCGGUUGGCAAUAGCGCCAGUAGCAGGCGCUAUAGCGGGAAGAAUAGCGGCUGUAGCGCGCGCUAUAGCGCCUCUAUAGUUUACUGGGUACUUCAGUGUUAGUUUUGAGGGGAUUUGGGAGCAUUUGUUUACUUUUAAAUGUUUUUAGAGUAAAAAAUAACCUCAAUACACCCUCUGAAACACAUGGGGGGACAGAAUAACCCUACUACGAUAACUCAAAACAGACGCUAAGAUCAAACAUAACCUACACCGUACAUCUCCAGUAAAGGUAGUUCAAGGCAUCCCAGCAACAAUGAUUUUCUUAUAAAUGAGGUAUUGAUGACUGCUAAUCUAUCAAGAAAUAUCAGGAGCUUAAUUUUUAAUUUAUAAUGUCCAGAGGUAAGUUACUUAAGUUGUUUGCUUAUUUUGUUUAAGACACUAAUGCCUUUUUUUGGUAAUUUAGUAAGUACAAACUUCCUGAUGUUUGAUUUUGAGUAAAAAGAGUAAUAUAAUUGUGAUUUAUCAUUUCUUGGAUUUGGUAUGUGCAUGACAUGUAAUUAUAUAUUUAUAUGCAUACAUAUAAUAUGUAUUUUGCAUAUGUAUUGUCCAAGUAGCGGUAAUCCCGCUAUAUGCUAUACAGCUAUAGCAUUUUAGGUAUUGGCCGCUACGACCGCUAUCCGGGAUUGACAACACUGUGUACCAUUGGGUGAAAUGUUUGGGAAGGCAACACAUUUUCACCCAUCAUUGGCUUCUUCAUAGUUGUGAAUCCUUCAGAGGUAAUUGUUCGGAAAUGGGAUAAACAAGAGGAGAGAUUUGUCAAGUUUUCUGAAGAAGAUGAAGAGAGAUAUACUGAAGCUGUGAGGAGAUUGGAGUUUGACAGGCAACUUGGCCCUUACAUGCUGAACCAAUACGAAGAUUGGAGACAUAUAUCUAACUAUAUUACAAAGGCUGUCAUUGAACGGAUAGAACCUAUUGGAGGAGAAAUUACAGUAUCAUCUGAACCAGAAAGCAUAAGCAAUAUUCCAAGGACACCCAUGGAAAAAGCUUUAGCUGAGCAGCUGAGAAGUAGUACAUAUACAGUGCCUGCUCAAAAGUCUGAACGAAAAGGGUGUUACUUCACAUCGAUUCCUCGUCUUAUAAAACACAAAGGGUUGUCCGGGCAUGAACUUACAAGCAUGAACCUUGACAAGACGCAUGUGUUGGAGACCAUUCUAGCAAAAGAGUAUGGUGGAAAUGAAGAUUCACUUCUGGGAGAAUUGCAGUUUUCCUUUGUAGCAUUUCUGAUGGGACAGUCACUUGAAGCAUAUUUACAGUGGAAACUUAUCACCAGCCUUUUGCUUGGAUGUGUUGAAGCUCCUCUUCACACAAGUAGUCGUCUAUUCACCAAGUUCGUCCGAGUAAUAUAUCAUCAGUUGAAAUUUGGGCUUCAAAAAGACAGUAAAAAUGCCGAUGUUUCUGAGGAAGGGGCCAUGGCAUUGUUGGAAGAGUCUUGGUUAUCUGAUGACAGCUUCUUACACAUCCUUUGCAAGGAGUUCUUCUCAUUGCUUCUUGAGGCCCCUGUGAUCGAUGGUGACCUCCUGUCAUGGACUAGGAAGCUCAAAGAUCUGCUCAUGAACUCUAUUGGUUGGGACUUUGAACAAAACAGUGCAGCUACUGAAUUAAAUUUUGAAGACGACGAGUAUGCUCCAGUGGUGGAGGUAAUAGAUGAUGAUGAUGAUGUUGAUCACAAUGGAACACCAGCGGGAGGCAUGGACACAUCCUAAAUCUAGGCCCUAGUAAGAAUGGCAGCCACUCAAUUAUACCGAUUUGUGAUUUUGAAAACCUUGCAUUUUCGAAAUGUGUGUUCUUUGUGAACACGGUUGCUACCAGGCUUUUGUGCAGAACAAUUAAAAAUAUGAGGACUCAGCAGUUUAAAAAUGUGAUUUGCGAUUUUGAGUAUGAAAUGCUUCUAAAUAGGGUUGGAUUCGGUUCGGGCCACCCGGCCCGUGACCCGGCCCGGCCCGGCCCGGUACUGUGCGGGCCCGGGACCGGGUCUGGG